AUGAUGUCGUUCUAUACUGGGAACGAACCUGGCCAGGUUCCGGGCCUGCUCCCAGAUCCAUAUUAUUGGUGGGAAGGCGGUGCUCUCAUGGGUGCCCUCAUCGACUACUGGUACUACACGGGAAAUGACAAGUGGAACGACAUAGCCAUGCAAGGUCUCCUCUUUCAGGUCGGCCCUAAUCGUGACUAUAUACCUCCCAAUCAGACCAUGACCGAGGGCAAUGAUGACCAGGGCUUCUGGGGGAUGGCUGUUCUCUCGGCUGCCGAGUACAACUUUCCCAACCCUCCUCUGGGCCAGCCACAGUGGCUCUCCCUCGCACAGGCCGUCUUCAAUACACAAGCAGCACGGUGGGACACUGCACAUUGUAAUGGUGGCCUUCGCUGGCAGAUUUUCCAGUGGAACAAGGGCUUCGACUACAAGAACUCUAUAUCGCAGGCCUGUUUUUUCAACAUGGCUGCCCGACUGGCACUCUAUACUGGUAACGAGGUCUAUGCGAAGUGGGCGAAUCGCAUUUGGGAAUGGAUGAUCGGCACCGGGCUCAUGACACAGGAAUCAUACUACAUCUAUGACGGCGCGCACAUCAAUGACAAUUGCACCGACAUCACAACCUACCAGUGGACCUACAACGUCGGCGCCUUCCUCCUGGGUGCCGCCGCCAUGUAUAACUACACGUCAGACAGAAGUCCUGCCGCAAGCGAGAUAUGGCGCCAACGGGUCGACGGCCUGCUUGAUGGUAGUCAGGUGUUCUUCAUUGGUGCCGAGAAGAACAUCAUGGCAGAGGUAGCCUGCGAGAGCGUGCACCUGUGCGAUAAUGACCAACAGAGCUUCAAGGCCUAUCUCGCGCGCUGGAUGGCAGCCACCACAAAAUGGGCGCCUUGGACGUAUGACACAGUCAGCCCGUUGUUGGAAGCCUCGUCUAUGGCUGCAGCACAGCAGUGUACCGGCGGCAGCAACGGCAGGAUGUGCGGGCUUAUGUGGGCAGGAAACAAUGGGAAAUGGGACGGAAGCACGGGCGUAGGACAGCAGAUGGCCGCCAUGGAAGCUGUCCUUGCGAACCUAAUUCGAGAUUCGGGGCCUCCCGUCACCAACUCGACCGGCGGAACCAGUGCCGGAGAUCCAGACGAUGGCGCCGCCGGUGUGAGCCUAGCAGGUGCAAAUGAUGAUAGCGUGCAAGGGAUGCGGCCCAUUACCACUGCAGAUAAGGCAGGAGGGUGGCUUUUGACGACUGUCAUCAUCGUAUUUCUCGUG